UUAGGUUGUGAAGUUAUAGAUCUUAUUUUUCACUGUUACAGGACGGUCAACAAUAUAUUUAUACAGCAAACCCAGGAGAGGUCCAAGUACAGCAAGUUCAAGUAAGCAACACAGGCACAAUGUACACAAUACCAGCAGCACAACAGCAAUACAUCCGUGGACAGCUUCCACCAGGUGUUGUCCUUAAUUCAACUGGUAUUGGUGGAAAUGGCCAACAGAUCGCAGAAGAUGCUUCUCGGAAGCGAGAAAUGAGGCUCAUGAAGAACAGAGAGGCUGCCAAAGAGUGUAGGCGGAAGAAGAAAGAGUAUGUCAAGUGUCUAGAAAACAGAGUCGCUGUCCUUGAGAACCAAAAUAAGACUCUCAUAGAAGAACUGAAGACACUCAAAGACCUUUAUUGCCAUAAGUCUGAAUGAAAUUUGUUUUACUUCACUGAAGACAUUAUUUAGUCAAGGGUGGUUUCCAAUGACUUUUGAUAGUAACACUGUCUUGCCUGAGCAUGUGCCAAGCUUUGUUUUGAAAAUAUUGCCACAGCAGGUUUUAAUCAGUCAAAGUAAAAACGUUUUUAGUUCUUGGCUGGUCGGUUGCAAAACUAAAAUCAGCCUUUGUUUUGCUAGACAGCAAUAGAUGCUAUCAUUGGCUUUGUUGUCUGUCUCUCUUGUAUGUCAUUGGAAUUCUGCUCUGAAUAACUCACUCAGUAACUGAAAGCAACAGUAUUGAGAUUGUACAACAUAACAUUGUAAAUAACCCCUCAAACAUUUUAUUCGUUUGUAAUAAUGCCAUGCAUGCAUGAUUUUUCUAUAAAAAAAAAACUCCAUGGUCUUGAAGGUUUUACUUCCGGCGAUCGCAUUUUAUUCAGAUUAUUGUCAAUGUUAAUGUAAACAGCAGUGCCAUCUCUUUCGUAUUUGAUGUAUAAAUACGGUAAAAUUAUGUAGAUUUAGGAACAUAAUAAUAGUAUAAGAGCUUUGUAAAACUGUAAUGUAUGUGUCCUACUCUAAGUAGUACCCAUAAGAUAUUUGUAUGGUUGAAUAAAAGCCAAAUUUUAAAAUUUAUUGGCAGUUUAUCACUUACUCCGUUUGUAGUCAUCUAUGAAUGUUGUAGUCUUAACUUUUCCAGUAUUUAUGCAUGCAGGCUGCUAAUCUUUGCAGAAUAACUGGCUACUUCUUUCAACCUUACAAGUCCCUAGCCAGAAAAAAAAA